AUGAGAAAUGGUCUACACUGGAAACUCUUGGCAGCUAUGGAUUAUCACUAUAGUGCACCUUACGAAUUCCAGCAGUCGCAUAGCUAUGGGAAUGGAUUGUCAACCAAACCACUAGAAUGCACAACCUCCAAUGGGACUCGGAAGUGGUCCUCCUGUAAUAUUCCACAAGCUGACUUCAACCUACAGCUGGGCUUGGUGAUGGGAAAGCACCUGGAAUAUAGCACUCAUUCGGGUCCAAGCAUGUUUCAUAGGAAGCCCACCGAGUAUUACAGUUCUCUCCGUGCCAACUCUAAGCCAGUGGUAUGUAUACUGGUAUUGCCGACAGCUGAUACUUCCAACAGGUGCCACGCGGUAGUGCCUCACAGGACAUCAUCAUCAUGCUUCCCGGCAUCUUGGGAAUCCAAAGGCAUGAACAGACCGCUGGCAUCGAUCCUGACUUAG